UAAUGUGUACUCGCGUUUGAGAAUUGGGAAAAAGGAAACGCCAAAGUCGCCAACCCUAUAGGUUCUUUCUUUGUAAAAGCGCUUCUAUAAAAACCAACGUAAUUAAAACCCCACCAAUCCACAUUAUAUUCAUAUCUCCCAAACCCAUCGGAAAAGUGCUUUUUUUUUUCUUAAUUCUUCUUCUUUCAAUUCCUCUCUGUUUUUUUCUAAAAUUCCAUUUUAUGUUCUUAUACACUAAACCUAACUAAACCCCAUGGAAUCGCAUGUGCAAUUCACCCAAACGGGGCCGUCUUGGACUAAUGAGAAGCACAUGCACUUCUUGAAUUCCAUGGAAGCUUCUUUCGUCCGAUCAAUGUUCCAAAAUCGCGCCCAUCGCCGCCGUCUACGGCUGGACCGCCUCUUGCCGGACACCGCUGACUCAACCCUAGAUUCCCCUCUUAACCACACAAAAAACCAUCCCACCUCCGGAAGUGCAAGAAUGAACGGUAGAUCUACCAGGAGAUCAAGGAGGACAUCAUCUCCGCCGUACAGUUCAACUCAAGAUCAGGUGGUCCCACAGAUGGAAAAGAUAGCAGUUGAGGAUGAAGAUGAGAGAGACCAUCCCAUGUCACCUCUCAACUAGGAAAUAUAUUAUUAUUAUUCUUGGAUUUUUUUUUCCUUCUUUUAAUCUUUAUAUCUUUUCACUUUAGUUAAAAGAUGGGUCUAAUUGAGAAAUUAAGUGGAUUUUGAUUGGGUGGUAAAAUUAAUUUUAAUUGGAUUACUUAUCUUAAGCUUACAAA